GGUGACCUCCCGUUCUGAUACACUCACCGCCCCCUCGGGACGUCUCAUUGGACGAACUCGUUUAUAGAUACGAACUGAAGCCGCUGGAAUCAGAGGCAGACAGCCAGCACAGACACAGACGCAAUGGGACAUUCGCGUUCCUUCACAUGCGUUGCAUCUCUUCUGAUUGCACUGCACCAGACCUCUGGAUUCUGGUUAUUUAACGUUAUCUUCCCUCCGACGGCCAAACCUCUCAUCAUAAAUAAUAGCACUCCUCCGCUUAUCAUCGUACCUGGAAAUCUGGGUAAUCGCCUUGAGGCCAAAAUAGACAAGCCCACACUGGUACACUGGAUGUGUUACAAGAAAACCGAGGACUGGUUCCCUCUCUGGAUUGACCUAAACAUGUUCAUGCCCAUUGGAAUUGACUGCUGGGUUGAUAAUAUAAGAAUUGUGUACAACAGGACAACUCGCAAGACUUCUAAUGCACCUGGGGUGGAAGUAAGGGUCCCUGGAUUUGGACAGACGCACCCUAUAGAGUUUCUUGACUUAAACAAGCUGACAGGUUACUUUCAUACCAUGGUUCAACAUUUGGUCAGCAUUGGAUAUGUGCGAAAUGAGACUGUCCGUGGUGCUCCGUAUGAUUGGAGAAUCGCUCCAAGUAAGUGUUUUGAUCUUUAUGCCAUUUCAGGUGAAAACGAUGGCAUACCCUUCGUGUCCAAUAUAAAAAUCCGCGAAGAGCAACGGAUGACCACCACAAAUCCGUGGAUGAUCCCUUCUGAAGAGGCAUGGUCCAGAGAUCACACCUUCAUCUCCACCCCCUUUUUCAACUACACCAACCAGGACUAUCAACAGUUCUUCAAAGACAUCGACUUUGAGGAUGGCUGGUAUAUGUGGGAGGACACCAAAAACCUCACAGCCGGUCUGCCCCCACCUGGCGUCGAGGUCUACUGCCUCUAUGGGGUGGGCCUCCCUACACCUGUCACGUACGUGUAUGACGAACAGUUUCCAAAUGCUGAUCCCAUAGAUAUUAUUUACGAUGACGGCGACGACACCGUUGGCAGUCGCAGCAUGAGUCUCUGUAAGCGCUGGAUGGGGAAACAGGAACAAGCCGUGCAUGUGACAGAGGUCAGAGGCAUGGAUCAUUUGGACAUGGUCUUUAAUCACAAGGUUCUCACAGCAAUCCAGAGAAUUUUGGAGGGAAAGUACCAUGAGAAAACGAGCGACAGCUCUGAAGAUCCUCCAUCUCUUAGCUUAGGUUUUGUAUGACAUUUUCCCAGAAAGUAUGUCUUACACAUCUCUUUGUAUUAGUUUAUAUUAAUAGGCAUGAUAUAGUAAUGUUUUGCUUUGUUACAGUGUAUUAUACAGAAUUUAUCAAAUGUAUUUAAUCUGUACAUUAAAGAUUAUACACUCUAAAAAAUGCUGGGUUAAAUA